AUGUCCAGCGGAGACGAAUCGGAGACGGAAAUGAAGAGGCCACCUUCCCCCUCAACUCCUCCGAGCGACGGCGUAGACUCGGCCAUGUCUACCGCCAGCAUUGAGGACGACGACCAUCAGGCUGUCAUUGACGACGAAGACGAGGAUGAAGACCUAGAGAAAUACCAACCUUUUACCGUUGAUGAUUUCCCAAGGGUUAGUAGUGAGUUUGAUGAGCAAUCUGAUGUUGUGUUCCAAAAUCCUGAUAUUCAACUUCGAGGCCCUUCGGCAAUGUUUCUUUUCCGGGCAUUCAACAAUCCCCUUGUUGAAAAACACAAGCAUUUCUUCGGUAGCCAAUAUCAACUCUAUGAUGAGUCUGAAGUCAAUGUGAACAACAAUGUUAGGGCCAUUAAUUGCUCACACGGUUGCCAUUGUUUACCGAGCGGCGUGCUGCAGUUCAUUGAUCUCAAAAUUGCUGGUUAUCGCCACGUCCAACCUGGAUGUGCCAAUAUAUUUGGUUUUUUCGCAGUACGUGAGAAUGGUGAACCUUUGCGCAACUAUGUGUACAGGCGUGGGAUUGACAAUUAUGAAGCUGUAAAUGUGAAGCGGGAUACGAUAGGCAUUGCACAUUUAUCGCUGACUAGCCCUGCUCGAUGUAUUCACAUGGGAAGCCAUGUGUUGUUUGAAUUCAAGCUUUCUGUAUGGACUGAUGACCAGCCAGAAGAUGGGCCAAAAGAUGACCUUCUGAUUGAAGGAUGUACCGAGUUUACUGAGUUUAUGAACAUGCACAAAACAAGACCAUUCAUCGAAACUCGGCGUCUGUAUGGGGAAAAGUGUGGAUUGGAUAUGAAGUUUCUGGUGUUGUGGAAUGCAGUUCAAGCAAAGGUUGAUGUUGAGAUACUUCAUGCUCCUGUCGAUGGCCUUAAUCUGAAUCUUUAUGCGAAGACGAGUGGCUUCAGAGAUGUGAUCCGCCUCUUUUUUGCAGUUACAGAAUCAGGUUGCAGAAUGAGUUUGGUCGUAGGAGUGAUGAGAUACAGUUACCUUAUUCUUUGUAUCGAAGGAUCCCCGAAAGAUGGUGGUUUUUCUCAAGAGCUGCCGUGUUGUAUGUGGGAAGGUCGAUUUGGUUCGGGGUAUCAUGGAACAGUGCAUGAAGUGGUGUAUCUUCAUGAUUCCACAAAAAUUUCUGUCAAGGUUACCUGGAAGGCUGUUAAGAGUUUACAUGACUUGAAACACUGA